GGAAGCCGAAGCAAUGCGACGCCAGCGCCGCCAGCCUUGUCGUGGUUACGCUCCUGUACGCCCAUUUGGCCCGUGUAGACGUCGUUUAUGAAAUUGUUUUCCCAUCUCCCACGCCUGAAUCCUAGGAAUGGCUAGAGAAUACGACCAUUUAUUCAAAUUACUAAUAAUCGGAGACAGCGGAGUCGGAAAGAGCAGCUUGCUGCUGAGGUUUGCUGACAACACUUUCACAGGGAACUACAUCACAACCAUCGGGGUAGACUUCAAGAUCCGCACACUCGAAGUGGAUGGCGAGCGAGUCAAGCUGCAGAUCUGGGACACAGCCGGCCAGGAGCGGUUCCGCACCAUCACAUCAACGUAUUACCGAGGUACCCAUGGUGUGGUCGUCGUCUACGACGUCACGAAUGGGGAGUCGUUUGCCAACGUCAAGCGCUGGCUUCACGAGAUCGAGCAGAACUGCGACGUGGUCAACAGGAUCUUAGUGGGAAACAAAAAUGAUGACCCAAGUAGGAAAGUGGUGUUAACAGAGGAUGCACAGCGCUUUGCUGACCAGAUGGGCAUCCAGCUAUUUGAGACAAGCGCCAAGGAGAACAUCAAUGUUGAAGAGAUGUUCAAUGCCAUCACCAGGAUGGUGCUGAAGAGCAAGAAGGAACAGAAGGAGCGGCAGCAGGUGCCUGAGGACAAGCUGCGGUUAAAGCCCGGUGGCCACAAGAAGAAGAAGCAGUGCUGCUGAUAUGCGGCCCCCCUACCAGCAACCCUUCCGUGCAGCUCCCGUUGCCGGAAAACCUGUACAUUUGAAUGGGAUUGGGAAGAAGAGGAUGUGGCUCAUUCCCUCCGAAUGGGGGGGCCUGAGGGGAAGCUACAGCGUCUGCCAAGAGCUGCCACUGCGAAGAAACUCUUGUCGAUGCCAUUUGCUUUUUCCCCAUUUCUUCGUCCCAUCGUGCUCCUCUGUCUGCUCGUGUUCUGUCUCUGCCCAUUGCUCGCUGCCUAGUAACAAGGUGAGAAGUGGGUACUGCAGCACACCAGGCAGCAAAUUUUCUCCCCGUUCAUUUCUACAUUUGCCCAUUGCGCCUUGCUAGUAUAGCGGCCUGCGCAAAGUGUGCAACUUGUCCGCAGUGUCCUGGCUUUUGUGGGCUGCUGUUGCUAGCAAUUGCUGUUUGAGCCCCGAUCUUUGUCAGGAUGUUUAGUAUUGAUGAGCGGGGCAAGCGCACUCUGAGUUGCGUUCCCUGGGACGAGCAGCUUUGUUCGUUGUAAAUAUGGACAAGGGGAAAGCGCAGGCAAGUGUCGACAUAUGAUCGUCUGCUUCCUUACAAUGUGUGCAGUGGUGGACCGCGAAUGGCUGAUAGUGUUGCAUGCAGGUUGUAAGCGGGGCUCCGGUGUGCUGGUGGGCAGGCAGAGCACAUUUGUCUCAAAGGCACGGUGCGCUGGCAAAAAAAAAAAAAGAAGAAGUAGUUGUAGCAGUACGGUCGAGCGGCACUGGAGUGGCUCCCACUCGUUUUUAUGUGUUUGCGAAGGCGUGCUCAUUUCUCAUUUGCAUCUCCUCCCGGUCAGUCUUGUGGGCAAAUGGAGCACACAGUUCUCGAGUCUAUAGUCCCCCCCCCCCCUCCUCGUCGAGUUUCUUUUUUUCUUUAUUUCACCGUAUCACAGUGUUUAGUAACCUCUGUUUCCCUUUUCCAGCGCCGGUGUGCUCAUAGUAGCUUUUUUUUUCCUUUAUAUAGUUGGUGCUGCAAGUGAUCUUAGACUAAAGAGGCAUUGUUAGCAGACAGCUUCUUAAUGUUGUGUGGGGCCAUCUGGGAAGAGAUUAUGACCUAUUCAUUUGGAGUGGUCUGAGUCAUCAAAUAUUUUGUUACACACGUGGCCUAAGCCUUGCGUUCCCUUCCGCAAGGCUCUUGUUUUUUUUUUUUAAGCUUCAAAUGUGUCACCUCUUUUUUUCUCUCUCCAGUGUGCUUUAUUGUGAUCCAUCACUGGCAUCAGUAUGUUGUCCUUAGCAUCAUCUGAUGUAAAUUGCCUUCAAAAUAGUAUUGCUGCAGAGGCAUAUAUAGCUUUUUAUAUAUAUAUAUAAGGAAAGAUUGCUGUAGUAUACUUCGUGUGGCCUGAAGCACUUGACAAUGCAGAGUGAAUUAGUCGUGCCACCAGAGAAAGUGGUGCCACAUCGUGUGCCACUCCGAGAGGUGCAUGGCAGGCUGUGUACACUGCUACAUACUCUUCUUCUGGCCUCUCUUUUUUCUUUUCUUUCAGGGCAGAGUAAUUUUUUUUACAAGUAUUUCUUGCACCUCUGCCAGUGUCUCUUGGUUCGUGCAGGUCACAGUGGUCACUUGAGCUGUGUUAAAUGUUAGCGCAGCACUGUCAAUCCAUGCGCCCGUAAACUGCAGCAGGAUGUACCAUAAAACUACAGUUUCCUAGCAAGUGUGUGUGUUUUUUUUUCUUUGGCACUUUUUCUUUAGCAUAGUGUUUCCUUGUUUUGAAGCGAGUUCACUUGGGACGGAGGCCGUUGGCCCGUUGUACAUGCAGUCCCUACUCAUCGUGAACGUACUUCUGCAUGAGUAAAAGCUCCCGAGUUUGCCGUUGGGCUUGAUAGGAUUUAUGAUCUUAAGUGAGUUUCUUUUUUUUUUCUUUGCGAAUGUUUAUCACAGCCAAAAGAGUUUGCACCGCGAUCAUGGCUGCGUUGUGGAGUUUGUGGGUUUGGUAAAUCUUCGUGGGUCAUUGUGUGAAGUGAAAAACACUAAGAGAAAAACUGUGCCCAGGCACUGUAUUUUGUAAAGAGUGUAGUCUGCUUUUUCUUUUGUCUUCUUUUUUGCGGACGAGAGGAAAGAAGAAGAAAAGGGUGGUUUUGGUCUGGACGCUUGGCAAAGUGCUGUGUGCGCCCCCUGCAAAAGUGUGUGUAUGCACCACUGCGCAAAGAACAUUGAAAGUAAAAAGAAAACAAUGCAUACAUUGAAUUUUACAGUGCAAAAUAAACAUAUUGAAUGACA